GGUUCAUAUCUGAUCGUAUUGGGAGCUACUUAAGAGGUGUAGUCCAUUUGUUCUUUAGACUAGAGUAGGCGAGGAGGCUCCGGGCACAGGAAUAACAGGAAGCUCAAGACCUGAAAAACCAUGAAGCUCAGUGAGAAGGACCCAGCAGAAAACAAAGAGAGCCAGAGGAACUGGUCCUGCUCACUCCUCGUGGCCGCUCUCGUGGGAGCCUUCGGAUCCUCCUUCCUCUACGGGUACAACCUCUCGGUGGUGAACGCGCCUACGCCGUAUAUCAAGGCCUUUUACAAUGAAACCUGGGUCAGAAGGCAUGGACAUCCCAUAGACGCGGAUACCCUGACUCUUCUCUGGUCUGUGACUGUGUCCAUAUUUGCAAUUGGUGGCCUGGUGGGAACGUUGCUGGUGAAGAUGAUCGGAAAGUUUCUUGGGAGGAAGUACACGCUGCUGGUCAACAAUGGAUUUGCAAUUUCUGCAGCAUUGCUGAUGGCCUGCUCACUCCCAGCAGGAACUUUCGAGAUGCUCAUUGUAGGACGGUUCAUCAUGGGCGUGGAUGGAGGCAUCGCACUCAGUGCGCUCCCCAUGUACCUCAAUGAGAUCUCACCCAAGGAGAUCCGGGGCUCUCUGGGCCAGGUGACUGCCAUCUUCAUCUGCAUUGGCGUGUUUUUUGGACAGCUACUGGGCCUGCCCGAGCUGCUGGGAAAGGAGAGCACCUGGCCGUACCUGUUCGGAGUGAUCGUUGUCCCUGCCUUGGUUCAGCUGGUGAGCCUGCCAUUUCUCCCUGAGAGCCCACGCUACCUCCUCUUUGAAAAGCACGAUGAGGCAGGAGCCACGAAAGCCUUCCAAACAUUUCUGGGCAAAGCAGAUGUCUCCCGAGAGCUGGAGGAGGCCCUGGCCGAGAGCCGUGUGCAAAGGAACCUUCGUAUGGUGUCCGUGUUAGAGCUUCUGAGAGCGCCAUUUGUCCGCUGGCAGGUCAUCACUGUCAUCAUCACCAUGGCCAGCUACCAGCUGUGUGGACUCAAUGCGAUCUGGUUCUAUACCAACAGCAUCUUUGGCAGAGCUGGAAUCCCUCAGGACAAGAUCCCGUACAUCACCCUGAGCACAGGUGGAAUCGAGACGUUAGCUGCGAUCUUCUCUGGCCUGGUCAUUGAGCGCCUAGGACGAAAACCUCUCCUCAUUGGUGGCUUUGGGCUGAUGGCCCUCUUCUUUGGGACCCUCACCGUGACACUGACCCUGCAGGACCAAGCUUCCUGGGUCCCUUACCUAAGCAUCGUGUGCAUUUUGGCCGUCAUCGCAUCGUUCUGCAGCGGCCCAGGUGGGAUCCCGUUCAUCCUGACCGGAGAGUUCUUCCAGCAGUCAGAGCGGCCGGCAGCCUUCAUCAUCGCGGGCACAGUCAACUGGCUCUCCAACUUCGCUGUGGGGCUCCUUUUCCCCUUCAUCCAGAAAAGCCUGGAGUCCUACUGCUUCCUCGUCUUCGGCACAAUAUGUAUCGCGGCCGCUGUCUACUUCUACUUUGUGCUCCCCGAGACCAAAAACAGAACCCACGCAGAGAUCAGCCAGGCAUUCGCCAAGAGGAACAAGGCUCAGGCCCCAGAGUUGAAGGCUGACUCACCCGUGUCAGAGGAGAAGGCUAAUGGCCAGCCUGAGCCAGAUCCAUCCUCCACACUGGACAGCUGUGGCCAAAACAGAAUUGUCUAACUGUGUCUACAGCUACUUCCCAAAAACCUAGAAGGUUUCCGCAGAUAGAAGCCAUGUGAGACUCAUACUGGGGUGUUAGGAAGAAGCCCGUGGGAAUCAGACCUCACAGCUGCCCUUCCAAACUCUCCUGGAAGUCCUCCCUAGGUUUGGUACACCUGGCAUUCUAUUACAGCCAUCUUCCUGACUGAGCCCAUAGUUUUGAAAUAAAGUUGGGGGAAAGG